CAGACUGCGCUCUUCAACUUCCAGUCCCUCCUUCUCGUCGUCCUCCUGCUGAUCUGCACAUCCGCCUAUGUGCAUGAUAUGAUGCCGUCCCUCCUCGACAAGCGGAAAGACACGGUCCCCGUGAGCUUCUUCUGGAAGUUCGCCCGGAUAGGGGAACGUCUGAGUCCCUACGUGAGCAUAUGCUGCGUGGUCAUGGCUGUACGUUGA